CACGUUCAUCAUGUGAUGCGAGGGCUAUUUAAAGAGGCUCUCCCGCCAGGAGCCGCGGUUCUGAGAGCCUGGACGCCUUCUCUCUCAUCGCACCAUGGCGGACGCCUUUGUCGGUACCUGGAAACUAGUGGACAGCAAGAAUUUUGAUGACUAUAUGAAGUCACUCGGUGUGAGCUUUGCCACCAGGCAGGUGGCUAGCAUGACCAAGCCUACCACAAUCAUCGAGAAGAAUGGCGAUAAUGUCAUCAUUAAGACACACAGCACCUUCAAGAACACAGAGAUCUGCUUUCAGCUGGGAGUGGAGUUCGAUGAGACUACGGCAGAUGACAGGAAGGUCAAGUCAAUCGUGACACUGGAUGGAGGCAAACUUGUCCACGUGCAGAAGUGGGACGGGCAGGAGUCGACACUUACGAGGGAGCUAAGUGACGGGAAACUGAUCCUGACUCUCACCCAUGGCAAUGUGGUGAGCACUCGAACUUACGAGAAGGCAUGACCUGGCUGCUCGUCACCGAUCGCUCCUC